AUGGUUAUGCGCAGUGCACCGCUGAUGGGCUGGAAGAACGUCAGCACCGGAUCGGACGCGGAGAAACACAUGCCCAUCACCAGGAUAUGCGUGCCGGUGCAGCAGGGCUCGAUCUACGGGGUGCGCGAUCGGCUCCCGAACGGCCAGAAUUACUACUACUUCAAGGGCGUACCGUACGCGCGGCCUCCGGUCGGGUUGCUGCGCUUCAAGUCGCCGGUGCCGCUGGAAAAGUACGCCGUGUCGUACCUGGACUGUACGAAGGAGCGCAGCAACUGUAUGGGGCUGGACGUGCUGUCCAAGGAGAUCAGUGGUUCCGAGGAUGGCCUUUUUCUCAACAUCUACACACCGAAGCUGGGCAAAUCGGAUGACCCAUCGCCCGUGCCGGUGAUGGUUUUCAUCCACGGAGGCGGCCUAAUCGGUGGCCACGGUGACAGUUCGCUCUACUUGCCCAACUACCUGGUGCAGCAGGGCGUACUCGUGGUGACGCUCAACUACCGACUGGGCGUACUGGGCUUCCUGUGUCUGCCCGAUGCCGGCGUGGAGGGAAAUGCGGGCCUCAAAGACCAACGGAUGGCGCUGCGGUGGGUCAGCGAGAACAUUGCCCAGUUCGGGGGUGAUCCGCACAACGUGACACUGUUCGGGGCCAGCUCGGGUGCGAUCGCCGUCAACUUUCACUGUCUGUCCGGUGAAUCGAAGCGAUACUUCCACAAAGCGAUCCUCCAGAGUGGCUCGAUCUACACGGAGUUCUCGUUCCAGGACCAACCGGAGCAGAAGGCCCGCCAGUUGGCCCGUCUGCUCGGCCACAGCCCGCAGACGGACGCGGAGGUUUACGAGGCCCUUCGGAAUGCACCGGCCAAGAAGCUGUUCGAGCUUCAGCCGCUGGUGCUGACGGAGCGCGAGAAAAAGGUCGAGAAGCUGUUCCAGAUCCCGUUCCUGCCGGUGGUCGAGCGGUCCGAUUCGCGGGAUGCCAUCGUAACGCGGCACCCGUCGGAGAUCCUGGGCGAACCGGACGCGAUCGGCAUCCCGAUCAUUCUGGGGUACAACGAGCGCGACGGAAUGAUGGUGUUGAUCGAUGCGAUCAAAACGCUUGCCUCGUACAACGCCGAACCGGAGCGCUUCAUACCGCGCACGGUGGCGAUCGACUACUUCUCGGCGGACGCACGCGCCCUCGGUGAGGAGAUCCGGGAGUUCUACUUCGGCCCGAAGGCCGUCAGCCGCGAUACGCUCGUCCAGUUGACGGACGUGUUCACCGACAAGUACCUGCUGGCGUACCGGAUGACGGUGGAGCUGUGGGCUCGGUACCAGCGCAAGACCAAGUUCUUCGGUUACCGGUUCGCGUUCGAUGGGCUGCUCAACAAGGGCAAGGCCAUCAUGUCGCUGCGCACGAUGAAGGGAGCGGCCCACAUCGACGAGGUGUACUAUCUGUUCAGCUCGCCCCUGCUCCGCACCGAGGUGCCCGAGACGGACAAGUCGUACGAGCUGCGCAACACGAUGGUCGCCCUGUGGACCAACUUUGCCAAGUACAGUGAUCCGACGCCCGCCGCCUGCCCGGACGCGGCCAAGGUGCCGUUCCGCUGGGAACCGCAGCAGAACGUGCCCGAGGAUGCGGAGCACGUCCCGCUGAUGUGCCUGAACAUCACCAACGACACGAUCCGGAUGGCCGAGAUGCCCGAGAAGCGGCGGAUGGACUUCUGGACCGAGAUCUACCAGCGCUACAAUGGGCGCGUUUCGGACGUCAAGAUACCGGCAAUCGGCACGUCGGCGGCAGGCACCGACCAGAACAACAACUUCUAA